AUGUUUAGAAAGCUUGACUUCCAUUUUGUAUUUUUCUUUCGCAAUUUUUACCUCAAGUCCCGUAAUUUUCACUUCAUUCCCUGUCUUCUCUUAUCAACUACUCAAUUUACACUGAUCUCUCGGAGUUCCCUAAAACAUUCGAUUCCAAAAAGAAUGUUAAUUGGUAUUUCCGGAACACUUUCCUCGGGCAAAGCAGAGGUCGCUCGAUACCUCACAUUCCAGGGUUUUCAGCUAAUUGGCGUCGAAACAGAAGAUGCGGGCCUGGCAACACCUCCAGCAGCCUCUGGUCUUGAUGUAUACAAGUAUACGACAUUCGAUGCCCUUCUAGAUGAUGUCACUGCCAAUUGGCGCACCAACUACGUCAUUCUUCACAUUGAUGAUAUAGAAAUGCUACAGAAGCUUCAGAAAAGACCUUUCUUUCUACACGUAUAUGUCGAUGCGCCUGUCAAAUUACGCUAUGAACGUCACUGCUUAAAGCGGACUGAUCAGGACGUAUCCUUUGAGAGUUUUGUGAUGCAAUCUGAUGAGCUUUUGUUUGAUGCGCAGAAUCCAUUGAUCCAGAUCAAUAAUCAGGCUAAUGUCAAAGUCAUCAACACGUCUACAUCACUCAAGAGCUUGUAUGUAAAAUUGAGUGAGCUUGACCUCAUGAAUCCAGCUAGACUUCGUCCAACCUGGGACGCGUAUUUCAUGCGCCUAGCUGACUUGGCUGCCUUAAGAUCUAAUUGUAUGAAGCGCCGCGUUGGUUGUGUAAUUGUUCGUGACAACCGUGUUGUUGCUACUGGGUACAACGGGACGCCUCGUCAUUUAACAAAUUGUAAUGAGGGUGGAUGCACGCGAUGUAACCAGGGCCAGGGAAGUGGUGCAUCACUUUCGACGUGUUUGUGCUUACACGCAGAAGAGAAUGCUUUGCUUGAGGCUGGACGCGACCGUAUUGACGGUGAUAGUUCGAUCUUGUACUGUAACACCUGUCCGUGUCUUACGUGCUCAAUCAAGAUUGUUCAAAGUGGCAUCAAACAGGUUGUUUAUGCUCAAAGCUACUCCAUGGAUGAACACGCACACCGUGUCAUGAAUGAAGCCCGUAUUGUUUUGCGCCAAUAUGUGCCACCAAAGGAGGGCAUCUUCAUUUAA